AUGUCAAAUACAGAUGUUAAGCCCGUCUACGACGAGAAGCCUCCAGUGGGAUCCACCGAUCGGAGACCAUCUCUCGAGAAUGGAGUCGGCGAAAUCAUACAUACAGUCAAUGCCUCCGGCCAUCGCGAUCAAUUACAACGGCACUACGGUCCUCUGCAAAUCUGUGGUCUGGCCCUGAACAUUGACUCUGCCUGGGUAGCGUUUGCUGGCUCUUUGGUUCUUGCUCUUCCUAACGGCGGGCCUGCUGGUGUACUAUACGAGCUGAUAACUGCCUGUAUCUACUAUGGUAUCAUUGCAGCAUCUAUCGCGGAGCUUGCAUCAGCUGUACCUACUGCCGGCGGUGUAUAUCAUUGGGCAUCCGUCACUGCAGGUCCAAAAUGGGGCAGAAGUGUUGGUUUCUUUGCUGGCUACCUCAACUUCUUUGGAUGGGUGUUCGAUCUUUGUAGUAUCGUGGCCAUUCCUUCGAACGUUCUACUGCAGAUGUGGAGUUUGUUCCAUCCCGAUUUCGUCCUCAAGGCCUGGCAUACCUAUCUGACAUAUGUCCUCAUCACAUGGUUCUGUGUCUUGUUCUGCGUAUUUGGCAACCGAUUCUUGCCGCUCCUACAAAACGUUGGAUUAUUCUUGCUCAUCGUCGGAGGAAUCGUUACAAUCAUUGUCUUGGCUGCAACGCCAAACACACAUGCCAGUACCUCCUUCGUCUGGACUGACUGGCAGAACGCCACUGGUUGGGGUGGUGGAGUUGCAUUUUUGACCGGCGUCUUGAACGGGUCCUUCACAAUCGCCACAGUGGACAGUGUUUCUCAUAUGGCAGAAGAGCUUCCAAAUCCCCGUCGCGAUAUCCCUCGAGCCAUUUUUGCUCAAAUUUCUCUUGGUGCCAUCACCGCGUUCUUGUACGCCAUAGCACUCUUCUAUGCCGUGUCCGAUCUGGACCAAGUCACUGGCAGCUCCGGUUCCUUCCCUGUGGCAAUCAUCUAUCGGCAAGCAACUGGAAACGCUGGUGGCGCUUUCUGCCUGCUGCUUAUCAUUUUCUUCAUCAUCAUGAUCUGCGCCAUCUCGACUGUACUCUCGCUUGGUCGCACCUGGUGGGCACUCGCCCGUGAUCAAGCUACACCUUUCGGAGGCUUCUUCUCUUCGGUCAACGAGCAGCUCUCCUGUCCAAUUCCUGCUACUAUCUUCGUGGGCUUACUUGUCACGGCUCUUGGUGCCAUUAUUCUCGGUUCUGGCACCGGUUUCAAUGAUUUAGUAGGAAGCUUCAUCGUGCUUUGCGCCUUCUCGUACCUUUUAGCCAUCUUCCCUCACCUCAUCAGUGGCCGGAAGUACACUCCUAAGGGCGAUUUCUGGAUGGGGAGGUAUGGCUUCGUGGUGAACGCCCUUGGCUGUGUGUUGAUCGUUUUCUUCAACAUCAUGUUCUGCUUCCCCUAUGCACUGCCAGUAACGGCUGAUUUGAUGAACUACAACUCGGUCAUUUUGGUUGGUGUCUUGGUCAUUGUCACUUUUUGGUGGCUUGUCUAUGGGUUGAAGCAUUACCCUGCUCCAAAAGUGCUCACUGAGGCGAUGAAGUAG